CUAUAUACACUAUAUUCAUUAGCGAUGUGUACCACAUUCGUGGGUACUCUGAAAUUAGAGUACUGUACUAUUAGAUCAGAGGAAGAAUUUUUAUAUAUCAAAGAUACAAAGUAAAUCUGAAAAUAACUUAAAAACAUAUCCAAUAAAUUAAUUCUUCAUCUGGUAAAAAUAAUUUUGUAAUCAACGACAUAUUUUUUAUCACAACUCUUAAGUUCAAAGUAAAAACCCAAAUAAAAUGGCUGGAAUUUGCCGACUAAGUGCUUUCAAUACCUUAAGAAGUGGCAUAAAUUUAAUAAAAUCGCAAAAAAUGUUAUGUCGUUCAAUAACUACAUCACCUAAAAAAAACGAUAGUACUACUACUAAUGUGAUCGAAUCGCCUGAGAAAAAGCAACCUUGGGUUAGCUAUGGUUUUGAUGAUAAAGACGAGUUAGAUGAUCGACGUAAGAUGCACGAAUCAUUUUUCUUUGCUGUCACAAUAGGCAUGAUAUUUACUGCAUAUGUAGCUAUGUAUAAGCCUGAUUUGAAAUCAUUAGCCUCUUGGGCACAACGUGAAGCAUAUUUACAACUUCGGUAUAGAGAAGAACAUGGUCUCCCACUUAUCGAUAUGAAUGUAGUAGAUCCUGCUAAAGUUAUUCUUCCUACUGAUGAAGAAUUAGGCGAUACAGAUAUAAUUAUUUAAAAAUAUACAAUGCUUCUUUAUGUAAUACGUAUUAAUGUAGUUAUGUCAACCAAUGAAUAUCGAUAAACCAUAGUUUUGGUUGUAUUCAAUGAUGUUUAUAUAACAUGCUAUGUAAAUAAACUAUAAUAAAAAUAGUUUUUAUAAGUUAAAA